AUGAAUAGAUAUUUACUUGAGUGUCAAAAAUUUAUGCGUUGGUGCAAUGAUGUUAAGGCUCAAUUCGUUUUGCCACAAGAGCCUGUUGUUGUAGCGGCCUAUUUGUCUCAACUUCACAGGAAGACUGGUUCUCCCAGCACUGUUAGUAUGGCUUAUGCUGCAUUAGUUUGGCUACACGAUGUAGUAGACGUAACUUGUAGUAAUAAUCCUUUGAAAACCGGAGUGUGUAGAAAUGUUGUUGAAGCCGCGAAACGUAAUGGCACACAACGGAAGAAUAGGAAGCUCCCUCUCUCUAUUGAUAUGGUCAAGAGAAUAAAUCCUAAACAUGACAAGGUAGACGCUAAUCUAAAAGAUCUGCGAAUUUCAGUCAUAGUCCUCUUAGGUUUUGCAGGUUUCUUCAGAUUCAAUAAGUUAGCAAAUAUCAAAGCUUCGCAUAUAACUUUCGCAGAUGACCAUAUGUCCAUUGUUAUACCAAGUAGUAAAACAGAUGUCUACAGGGAAGGUAAUAAAGCUAUUAUUGCUAGAACGGACAAUGCCACUUGUCCAGUUCAUAUGGUCCUUAGGUAUGUCUGCUGCAAGAAUGGACCAUAA